UUUGCCCUCUUGUAUCUUUCCCAUUUUGUACAUGUGCUCUUUUAAACUUUUUUUGCUGAUUUGGUAUUUUUGUUGUUACUUUUCUGUGUUUUUGGCCUUUUGUAUUUUUUACCCUUUUGAAACCUUGCUAAAUUUGGUCUUUUGUAUUGUAGCUAAUUUAAACUUUAUUUCUCUGACAAAAAGUUUAAUACUCUCUAAAAGACUCAUUGCUGUCUAA